GGUAAUUUCCUUGGUCGAAACCUAUAAUGUUAAAACCCCACAAAAGCCCUUAACUCCGUCCCAAGUCCUAACCCUAACAUUUCACUGCUGCUUUGUCUCUUCUCUAAAAUGGCGUCUCGCUUCAGAUCUCUCUCAAAACCAACGUUCUCUAUCGUCAAAUCCUCCAUUAACAAACCAACCCUUAAACCCAAACCUCCCUCUCCUCUACUUCCUGCUCGUUCCUCUACCACAUUCUCAAGGUCUGUUUCUCAAUUGGGUUGUCUUCAAUCUCUGCUGCCUCUCCACUCAGCUGUGUCUUCAGCUCGGUUAACGUCGUGUCUAGGAAUCGAUUCAACGAGCUCUAGGUCAUUGUCUCAGGGUAUGCUUUGCAGUGCAAACCCAGGAGUUUGAUUAUCUCCAAAAUGUUUGUAAUUUUGUUCCCAACUAGGUCUCAGUGUGCCUCGAUAACAUAGCAAAACUGGAAGUACCGCAUGAUGGGUCAGAGUCGUCGCAUUCCAUCUUAUGAUGAUGUCCAUUUGGAUAUUUAUUAUAUUACAUAAGUAUUUCCUGUUCAUUAUUAGUCGAAGUUAUUUUUCGAGUCUUGGAUGCUGGAUACAAGUUUGGAUUUCAAUUUUGAGCAGUUGAUUGAACUAGGUUUCUUUAAAUUAUAGAAUUGCUUUUGCCAGGUACCCCAUGUCUCCCAUGACUUUUAAGUAAUGGUUGAUGUAACGAAUUUAUUGAUCCAAUUACUUAACCAUGUGUUUUUGUUUAAACAUAUUGUAGUAAUGGAAAAUGAAAGCAAUAAAUUGAUGCUCGAUUUCA